AUGUUCAGAAAAUAACUAGUAAAUCUACUUCCUAUUUUAAGUAGAAAUAAAUAAAUUAUCAAAUGCUUUAAAGGUUAUAAGCCAAUUUAGCUGACAGAGCAUAGAAACUUAUUUAAUAAAAACAGAUUUGCCAUUUUUAAUUUAUUCAAAAGUACUUAAAAGUCUCCAAUAGACACAUAUAAAGAAGAAGUCACUAAAAUUUUCAAAAUGAUAGAAUAAGAAUAAAAUGAAGAGAAAUAGCAACAAUAUAUAUUUCAUUUAUCUAAUGUGCUUUAUUAAGCUAGAGUACAAGAAUUAGAUGAGGAACAAGAAGAAGAAUAAUAAUAGGAAAAAUCAGUGGUUGUUGAUGAACUCAAAAAUUAUAUUGAAGAUUUAGUCGAAAACUCUCAUAAAUUAAGCGAAAAUAAUUAGUACAUUAUAAAGUUUAUACUUUUUGAGGCAAGCUUUUAAAUGGAUAAAGAGGAUUAACCUUCAGAGUAUUUGGAUUUAUUCACUUCAUAGGAUUUUAUAGAGAAUGCAUUUGAGAAACUCAAUAGCUAAUACCAAGUAUAUUUUGUGCUUUAGUUUCCUCGUUACUUAAAAAUUUUAAAGAGAGAUUAAGAUGCAAUAAGAAUAUGUGAAAAAUUCUUAAAUGAUAUUUUAGUUGAAGAUGACAUUCCUAGCUUUAGCUUGCAAAAAAUUUAUACUAUUUUGAUUAAUUUAUAUAAAGAGUAGAAUCUCCAUACCAAGGCAUUUUAACUGAUAGAAAAAGUUAUUUAUAUUAUUCAUUAAGAUAAAUAUGAGGAAGAUUGUGGAAUGGUAGAAUUUAAUGAUGUAAAUAAUCCUUUGGUUGAAUUAAUAUAAUUAAUUUAAUAUUGCUAUGAAUAUCAACAAUACGAGCAAGCCAAAAUUUUAUUAGAAGCAAUUCUUAAAUUGAUCGAUUAGAGUUAAACUGAAGUUUUUGAAACACUUUCUUAUGAAGUUAAUUUACUUAAAAAUUUAGAUAAGCAUUAUAAAAUUUUGUUGUAGAUAAAUGCUUCAACAAAAGAUCUGCAAGAGGAAAUAGAAAGUAGCAUUUAAGAGAAAUUUAUAAAAUCUCUUGAAAAGUUUCUUUACUUUUAAGAUCAAUACAAUCUAACUAAAACAGUAAAAAAGAAAAGUUAAAUUAUAAACUAACUAAUUGAUAGCAAUUUACAUAAAUUUUCGUCUGAUUCUAAACAUACAAUCCUUAAGAUAGUUCAUAAAUAUGAUUAUUUUACUAAUUGA